AUGGCACCACGCGUCGAUUUACCUCUACUUAAAAAAGUGGAAUUAAUAAAAGAUUAUGAUCGUCAAUUUUCUCAACGAGACCUGGCGACAAAAUACAAAAUAUCAACUGGUGCUGUAUGUAACAUUUUAAAACGUAAACAAGAAUAUUUGGAUGAUUUUGAAUCAAAUCAAUGUCAUGAAGUAAGAAGAAAAAUUAAGAAUAAUCUUAGAAGAAAAAUUGAUGAAGAAACUUAUUCAUGGUUUGUUGCUCAAAGAGCAAAAAAUAUAACUUUAUCUGGUCCAACCAUUCAAGAAAAAGCAAGACAAAUUGCUGCAGAAUUUAGUGGUAAUGUUAUCUUCAAGGCUUCCAACGACUGGUUUGAAAAAUUCAGGUCCAGACAUAAUAUUUCUUAUCGUGCAAUUUGUGGAGAAUCAGCAAGUGUUAAUCCUGUUACAACCAACGAAUGGAAAAACCGUCUACCAUUAAUUAUAGAUGGAUAUGAUCGUUCAAACAUUUUUAAUGCCGAUGAAACAAGUCUCUUCUUUAAAGCAUUACCAGAAAAAUCAUUUGUGUUAAAUAAAGAAGACUGCAAAGGUAGAAAACGAUCCAAAGAAAGAUUUACAAUUUUAUUAUGCACUAACUGGAGUGGUGAUGAAAAACUCAAACCAUUGGUCAUUGGUAAAAGUUUGAAGCCACGCUGUUUCAAGCAUGUAAAUAUUCAAAAUCUUCCUGUGGAAUGGGCUGCUAAUAGAACAGCGUGGAUGAACGCAACAUUAUUUCAAAAUUGGUUAAAUAAUUUAAACUUUAACAUGAAAAAACAAAAUCGACGUAUUUUAUUAUUUAUUGAUAAUGCUCCAUGUCAUCCAACUCAUAUUCAAUUAUCCAAUGUUAAAUUACAAUUUUUCCUGCUAAUACAACAUCACUGCUCAACAGUACAAACAACCAGUGAUAUUACAAUUACUGCACUUGAUACAGUAUGCUGGAUCGAUUCAGCGUGGAAAUCUGUUACUAAAUCAACAAUCCAAAAUACAUUUACAGCUGCUGGUUUCAAACAACAACAAAUCGAUCCUUUACCGUGCAUAAUUCCUCCUGAUACUAAUAAUGGUGCAUCAUCAACAUCAAAUGAGUUAUUGUUAAUGGAUUUUGGUAUGAAUGAAGAAACAAAGGUUUUAGAUAAUUUAUUGAAACAUGUUGUAACUAGUGGAUCAACAAUGAAUGCUAAUGAAUUUAUAAAUAUUGAUUCUCAUGCUCCAACAUUCAAUGAGUGGAAUGACGAUUCGGAACGACUUGUUACUUUUGAUAAUAUUAUUCAAUCAAAUGAAUUAGAUGAUGAUGAAGAAAAAAUCGAUGAAGAAACACCACCAAAGCUUUGUGAAACAAUCGAAAUGGUACGACGAUUACGUUUAUUUUCUAUUACGCAAUCUCCACAACUUCAUCAAGCUAUUAUCGGUAUUGAAUCAAUGUUAACAGACAUUUAUCUUGAUUCAAAAACUUCUGUGCAAAGUACACUUGAUAGUUAUUUUAAAAAACUUAGUUAUGUGUUGUAA